AUGCUGAACGCGCAGACCCUUGCUGCUGUGUCCACGGCACUGGGCGUGGGCGCCUGCAUAUGGCUCCUGGCUGUCAACGGCCUGUUCAAAAGGCUGACAAUUGAAAAGAAGAAGUUCGGGCCGUACCUACUGUUCUACAAGAACCAUGUGGGACCAUACAAGGAAGUUGGGCCUAUCUUCCACGACAUCUGUAAAAUGGCAAUGCAGCACGGUGUCAGCCAUAACCGGAAAUGUGGGAUCUACUUCGACAACCCAGAGACAACUCCUGGCCAGGAGUGCCGUUCUUCUAUCGCUGUGAUCGCCAAAGAAGGCAAAAGCAUUGGGACUGCAGCAGGCCUCAAGGAGGCUAGAACUGAAAUGGAGGGUCAUCCGCUGGCGACAGAGCAUGGUCUGCAGGUCGGUUACUUCCCAGAGUCACUGUGCCAUUCGUUGGAGUUCCCUUUCCAUGGCAUGUUGUCGAUUCUCCUUGGGAUCAUGAGGUGCUACCCAAGACUGAAGCAGUCUCUGAAGUCUCUAGAGCCUUGCAAGGUUAUGGGCAGUCUGGAGGUGUAUGACACAAAUUCCCACAUGAUGUUUAUUACCUUCCCGGUGGAUGCCCGUGAUGAUAUGCUGCCCUUUGACGCAAAGUCCAAAACUCAUUGA